UGCUGAUAUCAAAGGUUAUAAAUGAGUAAGCGGGCCGCGGCGCUCUUCACUCUCUGCUUCCUUCUGUCUGCUUUCAGACUCUCUGCUCAUCACCACCAUGGGGAACUUCAUCGCCAACGAGGGACUCUCCAUCUUUGUAAUUCUGGUGUGGCUGGGGAUCAACGCCUACCUGUUUGUUGAGUUCUACAUGAGGUUCCUGGUCCAGAAGUGGUUCUACACCAGAGUCCUGCUGGGGCAUGCCCUGCCCUGGGCCAGAGCUCCUGCUGCCUGCCUCAACUUCAACUGUAUGCUCAUUCUGCUGCCGGUCUGCCGAAACCUCCUCUCCUUCCUCCGAGGAUCCAUCCAGUGCUGCAGCCGAACAGCAGCUCGUCAACUCGACCGAAACAUCACUUUUCACAAACUGGUGGCUUACAUGAUCGCCUUCCAUACAGCCGUGCACAUUGUUGCACAUUUGUUCAACUUUGAGUAUUUCAUGGACGCGCAGCUGAAUCGCAACAGCAGCCUCCUGACCUUCGUUCUGUCUGAAAUCGGGAACGGAGACAAUGCCUCCUUUCUCAACCCCAUCAGGAGCAACGAGACGAACCCUACCAUCGUCAUGUUCACCACCAUCGCCGGGCUGACGGGCGUCGCCAUCACGCUCGCCCUCAUCCUCAUCAUCACCUCGUCCAUGGAGGUCAUCCGCAGGUCCUACUUCGAGGUGUUCUGGUACACGCAUCACCUCUUCGUCAUCUUCUUCAUCGGCCUGGUGUUCCACGGCUUUGGGCGCAUUGUUCGAGGACAGACGAACAAAGAUCUGCUCGUGCACAACUCCACCCUGUGCGCCGAUCGCUUUGAAGAGUGGGGACAACCCGGGUCCAACUGCACGGUGCCGGUGUUUGCUGGAAACCCACCGAUGACGUGGAAGUGGGUGGUCGCCCCCAUGUUCCUCUACCUGUGUGAGAGACUCGUUCGCCUCUACCGAUCCCAUCAGAAGGUGGUCAUCACCAAGGUGGUGAUGCAUCCGUCCAAGACUCUGGAGCUGCAGAUGAAGAGGAAGGGCUUCCACAUGGAGGUGGGUCAGUACGUCUUCAUCCAGUGUCCGUCCGUCUCCAGGCUGGAGUGGCAUCCCUUCACCCUGACCUCGGCCCCGGAGGAGGACUACUUCAGCGCCCACAUCCGCAUCGUCGGGGACUGGACUCAGGCGCUGUACGAGGCCUGUGGAGGAGACAGCAACGAGCCUCAGGAGGCCUGGAAAAUGCCCAAGGUGGCCAUCGACGGCCCGUUUGGAACCGCCAGCGAGGACGUGUUCCGCUACGAGGUGGUGAUGCUGGUGGGAGCGGGGAUCGGAGUGACGCCCUUCGCCUCCAUCCUCAAGUCUGUGUGGUACAAACGCAUCCAGAACAACCAGGAGGUUUUCACCAAGAAGAUCUACUUCUACUGGCUGUGUCCGGAGACGCAGGCCUUCGAGUGGUUCGCUGACCUGCUGCAGUCUCUGGAGGGUCAGAUGGCCGAGAGGGACGUGACCGACUUCCUGAGCUACAACAUCUACCUGACCCGCUGGAAGGAGGCCGAGGCGGCUCAUUUCCGAGUCCACCACGAGGCGGAGAACGAUCCCAUCACCGGCCUCAAACAGAAGACUCUUUACGGGAAACCCAACUGGGACAACGAAUUCACCAACAUCGCAUCAAAGCACCCGGGAACCAAAGUUGGCGUCUUCCUGUGCGGUCCGCCUCAGCUGGGAAAAUCUCUGGAGAAACAGUGUAUGUCGCAUUCGGAGGACGACGUCAAGUUCAUCUUCAACAAGGAGAACUUCUAGAAUAAAACCUCCAACGGCUGAACGGCGACGACGGAGGAAGAACUCUACAGCAAACGUCUUCCACGUUCCACACCAAAAACGACUGAAUGUAGAAGAUUCUACAGUUAAAUUAUUCACAGUCACGACAGAAUCUUUAUUUAUAGUGAGUUUUUAUUUGACUGAUGGGUUUCUUCUGGCUGGAAAUGACAAAAAUAAGAAACAAGAGAUGGUAAGAGGUUGAGUUAGAGAUGCUCAUUUGGUUUGGUUUUAACACUUUAAACAAAAAAGGAAAGCUCCAAAUCAUUCAUGUGCCUUAUAACGGUCUCAUGCAGCUUCUACACAUUUCUGCUAAACUUUACUACACUAUGCAGAGUUUUCUGAAAAGACACCAAAGCAAAACUAUGUUUUACAGUUUAUAUGUGGGUGAAGCAAACAUUUAGGUUGGAAAAAUUCAACACUUCAAGGUGGUUUUCUUUCAAAUGAAGCUGCAUCAUGGUUCAUUUGAGAGGAAAGGCUAAAAAAUUCCCCUUUUUUUAGUGUAGAAAUAAUCCAAAUGAUGGAGACUGGGAAGAAGCUGCAUUCUGAGAAACGUUUCAAACUAUUUCACGGGGGAUGAAUAAUUUUGGUCGUCGCAUUUUUAGUUAGACCCUCCAGAAAAACGCGAUUAUCCUAUGAAUUCCCGCAUUAAUCACCAAAAUGCCGCUGAUUAUGCGGGGGUCAAUUAUUUCCCAAAAGGCCGCAUAAAACAGCGCAUAAUUCCCACAAGAAUCUCACAUUUCCACGAAAAACAAGAGAAAUAUGCGGGUCCCGCUUGAUUUCACAAUUUCCGCAUAAAAUGAGAAAACUAUAACCGAUAUAAAUGGAGUUGUGAGUUUUUAUGUGACGCCCGGCCUGACGUCAUCAGUUCAUUCACACACACUCGAAGCACGAGCUGAUGCGGAGCGGUGCCCAGAGACGAAAAACAAGAAUGCUCAAAGAUCACAUUUACCUACGAAUAUUUCAGCCAGAGACCGGGCUAAACAGGACCCAGAUUUACUGCACCAAAGUGGGGGGAAACUUUUUAGCACACCGUGCAACAUCGUUCUGGAGCACCGAAGAAAAUCAACCGUGUUGCAGCACUUCAGAAGCGAGGAAAAAACGGAAGGGAAAAGGGAAGCCUAGUGACAGGAUGUAGAAGAAUCACCUUUUUCCCAGUUCUUACAUAUUUUGUAUCUUUUUGCAUAUUUCACAACUAUUCGCAUACUUUGCAACUUUCCGCAAUUUCUCCGCAUAAAAUGGCAUAAAACCCCCGUAAAUUUAUUUAUAAUCAAGGAUUUUAGCCCACAUUUUUCCGGAGGGUCUAUUUAGUGAACAAAGUUCAAAUGUAGCACUACCUUCUCUAAAGCGACCUCUCACCAUCCCUUUGUCUCUUGUUUCUAUCAUUUCCAGCCAGAAGCAGCCUGUUGCUCAGAUAAAGAGCUGGCUGUGAAUACUGUACAUCUGGAACAUCUGGCAGCUCAGCAGGCUCCUCCUCCUCUUCGUUUCUCACCACAGACGUUUUGUAAAGACCCAGCUGUUGCUCAAAAAGCCCUGUGGUGUUUUCCACAUUCCCUUCUUCUCCUUUUGCGUUACGACAACAAGAGAAGCUGCUGGUUUCAAAACAUUUCUUCCUUUUUCAUUUGUUCCAUUUGGGGUUUUGUCAGAAGCAGUUACUGAAAGUCUCAGAUCAGAUUCCUCAAAACGAAAGAGGAGAAUAAACCAACGGGACUCCAGUGUUGUUAAAGCUUUGGCGGCUUCAGAGGAGCAACAAAACAAACAAAACAAACAAAAACAGCAGAAACUUUACAGGAAAAGCACAAAUCUAAAAAAGCUCCUCCAUGCUUUCUGCUUCAGCGGUUUUCUGUAAUUACAAAAAUGUUUUUGAUAGCUACAAUUUUUGUUUGGUUUUAACAAUUACAUAUAAAUUUAUAUGAUCUGUAAUUUAAGAUAAAACAUAAUAAAUUACAUGAUACAAACCAAAAAAAUAAAAAUCAGGCCAAAAUUGUAAAUAUAGUUUUUUAAACAGUAUUUAAGUCAAAAAAUCAGUAACGUCCACAUCAAAAAUCUGGAUUUUUACUAAUAGUAAUUACUUUCUUUUACAAAGUGUGAAAGUAAAAUUACAGUUUUACUGAAAUUAUGUCAUUAUUUCCACUGUUUGAAGUAUUACAGUAUUCCACCGUUUUUAACUUGUGGUUUCUUUUUUUUUUUUUUUAAUUUUUUACAAUGUUGUACCUCUGUCCUGUCAAAAUGGAUCUUGGCUAAAGGUUUCAUGGAUUUUUUAUUAUUAUUAUUGUUUUUGAGCUUGUUUGGAAGGAAAAUGAGCAACUAGCAACCUUCAGAUCAUUUCCUGUCAGCUCUGAAAAACUGAAUUAUUUUGUAUGUAAAAUUUGCAAAGAAGUUUGAACAUAUAUGUGCAGAAAUCACGCUUACAGAUGUGUCGGUUAAUGAUGAUAACGUUAAAACACAACGUGAUGGCAUGAAGCCUGCAUUCUAAAGAGGCUGCAAAAUGAAAUCUGCAGCUCCAGAACGUCUCCAGAAUGAACGACUCAUUUAUUAAGAAACAAAUACGUUCAGGAUGCAGUUUCUCACGUGUACAGAUUCUGUUUAUCAGUGCGGACUAAAAGUGUUUAUGCGUCGGACUGUUUCCCAAACAAACAGAUUUGUUGUUCUAAAAAUAAUCCUCAGUAACUGGUCCAAGGUCCGUUUAUUGGAACACUUACAGGGCUUCGGCCCACAGUUUGCUCAGUUGUCAUGGAAACGGCAUCCAUGGAUGAAGCCUUUGUCAUGUGGGUUCAAAAAUGAAAGAGUUAAAACUUGAAACAAAACAGCCGAUAGCAUCCUAAUAUGUUGAUGAAGACAAAUAAAAUUAAGCUAAAUUUGGCAGCGAGGGUCCAAAAAAACCCUCCAAGAAGAAACGUGACCAGUUCCUUGUAUUUUUUACUUUAUUUUUAACAUUUUACUGUCUUUAUCAGUAAAAAGAAUCAUACAAACAGUCGAUGUACUGGGAGGACAUUUGUACCGGUUUACAACAAUAGGAGGAAAUAUGUAGUAGAAGUUUUUUUCUCACGACCAACUGAGUAAUAAACUUUAAUCUUCACACAUGGAACUACUGAAUAAAACCAGAGGCUGCAGUAAGAGCUCCAUGUUUCAACUCCCUGAUGCUGUGUCAUCAUUUUAGUUUCUCCCCACAAUCCAGAACUUCAUCUCCUUUCAUCUGUCUGAGAAGCAGAUUUAAUCAGCUUCAUGCAGGUCUUUUGUUGUGUUGAAGGACGGAGCAGAAAAAGUUCAGUUGUGUGUUCCAUUGUUUUGUUUUUAGACAUUUCAGAUUUUCACCAACAGCUGAGCAGAAAACGUGAAGCAGGAAUCCAAGGAAGUCUCAAACUGAUCACAUAUUUGCUCAACAUAACUCAUCAAAGUUUGAAGGUUUUCUUUACGAUUUUAAAAGUCCACAUUUGAAAACAGACAAACAUGUCAAGCUGAGUGGAAAUGGAGGGAUUUUAAGAAAUAAAAGAAAAAAAUAACACGA